GGACGCAGGUGACGCGGCGCUCAGCUCCCAUCGGAAGACGCGCAGCAUCGAGACGCGUUGCGCUCUGACGGAUACUGGACAUUACUCCGUACUGAGAUUCCAGUGAAAAGCGAAGGAAUUUGGGAGGAAGGAGAAACGGACACGCAGGGGAGAGCAUUGCGAAGGCCCAGAGAAUGCCGGAAUAUGGAGGCCAGUAGAGUGUUCCUGCCAUGAUUCCUCAUGUUGGAUGAGACAAUUUGGAAGAACAAUGGACAAAUGAAUCACAGAUAAAGACUCAGCCAUGACCAUCACCUGUGGUCCACAGGAUAGCUGCAUCAUGCCUCUCCGUCUUAUUUAGAAACAUCAGCCUUGAAGGAAACCUCAGUCCCAAGAAUCAUAUUGCUGUGAAAUCUCAAACUUGAAGCAUUCCAAAGAAAAGUUAAAUUGACAACCAAGCUGGGGAUAAAAAGCAGCAAUUCCUAUCUAUCCCUCAUCACCCCCUGCCUGCACUGACCAAUGGAGAGACUACAGAUAGAGUCUGGAUAAAAGGGGAGACAGGCCAAGAAAGAGUUAGAAACGGAGUGAACAACGGACUGUCUGGCAGAAGGUACCUGUGCUGAUCUGGCAGCUCUGGGAGUUCAGCUCCUCCUCUUAAGCAAAGUCAAAGAGAAACUCUGCACUUUGAGACUGCUCCCACAGCCUCUUCCAAGAGCAGGUUUUUGAUCUUGUAUCAUCAGGGUGGGUGAAAUGAAGUCAGGGUGUUGGUCAACUCUCUGGCCCCUGUGGCCGAUUCUGUUGGCGGGAUUCCUUAUAUCAGCCGGGGCCCUGGAGUUUGGCGGCGCCCCGGGGCAGUGGGCACGUUAUGCCCGUUGGGAGGCUGGCUCGAUCGGGGAACUCAGCUUUAGCCUCAAGACCAAUGUGAGCAAGGCGCUGGUUCUGUACGUGGAUGAUGGUGGGAACUGUGACUUCCUGGAGCUACUCAUCAGUGGUGGACACCUACAGCUGCGAUUUGCCAUCCACUGCGCCGAACCCGCCACCCUGCAGAUGGAGACCCGUGUCAACGAUGACCGCUGGCACAUGGUACUGCUCACCCGAAACUACCGUGAGACCGUGCUGAUGGUGGACGGGGAAACCAAAGUCGCGGAGGUGCGUUCCAAGCGCAAGGAGAUGGCGGUCGUCAGCGACCUGUUCGUGGGGGGCAUCCCGCCGGACAUCCGUCUGUCCGCCCUUACUUCAAGCACAGUGAAGUACGAGCCUCCGUUCAUGGGUUUGAUCUCCAAUCUGAAGGUAGGGGAGAUGCCUCCCACUCUACUCAACAACAAUGGCAUUCAUAACGAUCUGGAGUAUCUGUGCGUCAAGCAGAACCCCUGCUUCAACGGGGGAUACUGCACCAUCCAAUUCGGCGAGGUCUACUGCGACUGCUCUCACACACGCUUCCGAGGGAAAUACUGCAAAGAAGAAGAGUACGCGGUGGAAGGUCUGGCGCACCUGACGUUAAACAGCCAAGGAGACUCGUCUCUAGUCGGGAAAGAAGAAUCGGUGGCCACCUUCAAGGGGAACGAGUUCUUCUGUUACGAUCUGUCUAUGACUCCCAUCCAGAGCAGCACGGAUGAGAUCACGCUGUCCUUCCGAACGCUCCAGCGUAACGGCCUGAUGCUUCACACCGGGAAAUCUGCAGACUACGUCAACCUGUCUCUGAAGAGCGGAGCCGUGUGGCUCGUCAUCAACCUGGGCUCCGGCGCCUUCGAGGCGCUCGUGGAACCGGUGAACGGGAAGUUUAACGACAAUGCUUGGCACGAUGUUAAAGUCACGCGAAACCUGCGACAGCACUCAGGCAUUGGACACGCUAUGGUCACCAUCUCAGUGGACGGUAUUCUGACCACCACCGGAUACACGCAGGAGGAUUACACCAUGCUGGGCUCCGAUGACUUCUUCUACAUCGGAGGAAGCCCGAACACAGCCGAUCUGCCCGGAUCUCCGGUCAGCAACAACUUCAUGGGCUGCCUGAAAGACGUGGUGUACAAGAACAACGACUUCAAGCUGGAGCUGUCUCGUCUGGCCAUCGAGAGCGACCCUAAGAUCAAUCUGCACGGGGACCUGGUGUUCCGCUGCGAGGACGUGGCGGCCCUCGACCCCGUGACCUUCGAGACGGCCGAGUCCUACAUCGCCCUGCCGCGCUGGGACACAAAGAAGACCAGCUCCAUCUCCUUCGACUUCCGCACCACGGAGCCCAGCGGCCUGCUGCUGUUCAGCCACGGCAAACCUCAGAGCCGAGAGCAGCGGCCCGGCCGAGAGAUGAAGACGGACUACUUCGCCAUGGAGCUGCUGGACGGCUUCCUCUACCUGCUGAUGGACAUGGGCUCCGGCAGCAUCAAGCUCAAGACCAGCAACAAGAAGGUGAACGACGGAGAGUGGUGCCACGUGGACUUCCAGAGAGAGGGACGGAGAGGCUCCAUCUCCGUCAACAGCCGCUCCAUCCCCUUCAGCUCUAACGAGGGCAGUGAGAUCCUGGACCUGGACAGUGACAUGUAUCUGGGUGGUUUGCCAGAGAGCGGUCAGGGCCUGAUCCUGCCGCCCGAGGUCUGGACCGCGCUGCUCAACUACGGUUACGUGGGCUGUGUCCGUGACCUGUUCAUCGACGGUAAGAGUCGAGACGUGCGUCGUCUGGCUGAGAUCCAGAGCGCUCCGGGCGUCAGCAGCUUCUGCACGCGUGAGCUCCAGAAGAGGUGCAGCAGCGCCCCCUGUGCCAACGGAGGACAGUGCAAGGAGGGCUGGAACCGCUACAUCUGUGACUGCACUGGAACCGGAUUCCUGGGAGCCAACUGUGAGAUCGAGGCGACGGUGUUGAGCUAUGAUGGCAGCAUGUAUCUGAAGAUCCUGAUUCCCAGCACGCUGCACACAGAGGCUGAGGAUGUGUCUCUGCGCUUCAUGUCCCAGCGAGCGUACGGUCUGCUCAUGGCCACCACCUCCAAAGAGUCAGCUGACACACUGCGGCUGGAGCUGGACGGAGGACGGGUCAAACUCACGGUCAACCUCGACUGUAUCAGGAUAGACUGUAACCUCAGUAAAGGUCCAGAGAUCCUGAUGGCGGGUCAGAAACUCAAUGAUAACGAGUGGCACUCAGUUAAAGUGACCCGGCGCGGGAGGAACCUGCAGCUGUCCGUGGACAACGUUACUGUGGAAGGUCAGAUGACCGGUGAUCACACGCGUCUGGAGUUCCACAACAUCGAGACGGGCAUCAUGACGGAGCGCAGGUUCAUCUCCGUGGUGCCGUCUAACUUCAUCGGGCACCUGCAGGGCCUGACGCUCAACGGCGUGCCGUAUCUGGACCAGUGUAAGAACGGAGACAUCUCGUACUGCGAGCUGAACGCCCGCUUCGGCAUGCGCCACAUCAUCGCCGACCCCGUGACCUUCCGUAAUAGAGGCAGUUACCUGGCGCUGGCCACGCUGCAGGCGUACGCCUCCAUGCACCUGUUCUUCCAGUUCAAGACCACCAGCAGCGACGGCCUGCUGCUCUUCAACAGCGGCGACGGCAGCGACUUCAUCGUGGUGGAGCUGGUCAAAGGCUUCGUGCACUAUGUGUUUGACCUGGGGAACGGCCCGUCUCUGAUGAAGGGAAACUCAGAGAAGCCUCUCAACGACAAUCAGUGGCACAACGUGGUGGUCUCACGCGACACUAACAACGUGCACACGCUGAAGAUCGACUCUCGCACCGUGACGCAGCACUCUAACGGAGCCAGGAACCUGGACCUCAAAGGAGAGCUGUAUAUCGGUGGAGUAGCGAGGAGCAUGUACAGCAGUCUGCCGAAGCUGAUCGCGUCCCGGGACGGUUACCAGGGCUGCCUGGCCUCCGUGGACCUGAACGGCCGACUGCCAGACCUGCUCGCAGACGCCCUCCACAGAGUCGGCCAGGUGGAGCGAGGAUGUGACGGACCCAGCACCACCUGUACGGAGGACUCGUGUCAUCAUCAGGGGGUGUGUCUGCAGCAGUGGGAGGGCUUCUCGUGCGACUGCACCAUGACGUCAUACGGGGGAACACACUGCAGCGAUCGUGAGUACACACACCCACUGUUCAUCACAGACUCGUCUGAUGUGGAGGUAAAGCUGGAUGUGUUUACUGUGGAUCAGAUCUGCAGACGUGAUGAGCGAGUGUGUCUCUGCCGCCGGGCUGCUGGUGUGUUUGAGGAGCGUGUAAUGGAAGGGGAAGGCCGUUCAGAUCAGAUCAGAUGGAAGUGGGAUUCAUUUGCAUCAGAAGUGUAUAAUGAACCCACUCCUGCUCCUCCUACACGCUCGUAUCAUGACGGAUCUUUACAGCUCAGUGGCUUUGCUUCUGUCCAGUGGAUUAGUGCUUUACCCACGAGCCCCAGCUGUCGCUCCGCCCCGGGUCUUCUGGACCAGCGUGUCCGGGUUAUGGCGGCUGGUUCUGUCCCUGGCGUUGCUCACCUUCCCGGGCCCCGCGGUCUCGGCCAGAGUAUCGUCAAGUCUGAGCACGACGCAUCACGUUCACCACUUCCACAACAAACACGGCACCGUGCCCAUCGCCAUCAACCGGAUGCCCUUCCUGACGAGGGGAAGCCACGGAAGGUUCCCUGGAGCAUUCGGAGCGGGAAUUUGAGCAUUCAGGGUGUGAUGUGUCCAAACCAGCCCUACCCAUCACUCCCUCUGCACGCCCGGCCUCUUCAUACGAGAUUCAGACCGCUGAUCCGAGUAGAUCUGUCCGGUGAUGUAGAUCAGGUGAUUUCCCGAGCUCUUCCUGACGGUCCAGGCUGGCUUCGGCUGCUCGUGUCCUUGGGCGCUGUUUCUGCUGCGUUUGCUGAUGCAAGUCCACAAGGAGCCGGCCUCUCGGUGAGGAUCCUGGAGAGAUUUCAUCAGCCUCUGCAGUCGUGCCGCAGGGGUUGGAGCGAAGGCUGUCUCCCUCCACCCUUAAAGUCUUUGGCUGCAAUUGCCACCAACCAUGAACCCAUGAAAGGGGAGUCGGUGGGCAAGCAUGACCUGGUCAUCAGGUUCCAUGGGGAGGUGGGGGUCUGCUGGCGUUUCUCCGUGUGUUUGAGUAUCGCUGAUCCGAUGCUGAUUCACCUUUGUUUCUUGGUCUCUGCAGGUCGGCAGCUGACAAUCUUCAACAGCCAGGCGUUCAUUAAGGUGGGCGGUGGUGAGAAGGGCCGUAACUUCCAGGGUCAGAUCUCAGGGCUGUACUAUAACGGCCUGCAGGUGCUGAAGCUGGCGGCGGAGGGCGAUCCGAACGUUCAGGUGCAGGGGAACCUGCGUCUGGUGGGAGACGUGCCCUCCGUCAUGAGCACCGACACCACCUCCACCACACCCCUCGCAGACAUGUCCACCACCAUCAUGGAGACCACCACCACCAUGGCCACCACCACCACCCGCAAACAGCGCUCGCCCACCAUGAGAGACAGCGUCACGCAGAAUGCUGACGAUCUGUUAGUAGCAUCAGCAGAAUGUCCGAGUGAUGAUGAAGAUCUUGAGGAGUGUGAGCCUGGAAACGGAGGUGAACUAGUGUUGCCAAUUAUAACUGUGGAUUCCCUUGACCCCCCAUCAAUUGUGACACAUUACCCCGUUAUUCCCCCGCCCCCGACCUAUCGCCCCUUCCUCACCUUGCUCGAGACCACCAAAGAGUCUCUCCCCUUGCCCGGCCGGCCCCCCUGUCCGCUGGACCAGGAGGACUGCGAAGAGCCCAUGGAGGUCUCGGCCUACGGCUCGGGCGAGAUGACGGAGUCUGACGAUGAGGACUACUAUAAAAACUCCCCCCUUGUCACUGACCGGACUGUACUCCCCCCUCCCCCUUCGGGCGGGAAUCCCCGAGGCGAUCGGCCCUUCGCCCGUUUGCCCAAAUCCCAUCGGCCGUCACUCCCAUUCACCCCCACGGCCCCCCCGGUACCCCAUCUCAAACCUGGCAUCAACAAUGGCCCCAACAUCCCCGCGGGUAAAAUGAACACCCGCGACCAGGUGCUGCUGCCGCCCAUACAGCCGUCUGGCGACCCUGAACAUGGCGGGCGGCAUCGACAUAACCCAGGUAUAACAUAUCCUCCCAAUUUCCCCCAUGUGUCCACUACAGACCCCUUGUCUCCAGACCGGGGACCUCCAGGAGCGGUGGAAGUGAUCCGAGAGUCCAGUAGCACGACGGGCAUGGUGGUGGGCAUUGUGGCUGCAGCCGCUCUCUGUAUCCUCAUCCUACUCUAUGCCAUGUACAAGUACCGCAACCGCGACGAAGGCUCCUACCAGGUGGACCAGAGCCGUAAUUAUAUUAGCAAUUCAGCCACGCAAAGCAAUGGUGCCCUAGUGAAGGAGAAGCAGCCCGGCACAACCAAAACGGGCACAAAGAGCAAGAAAAACAAAGACAAGGAGUAUUACGUCUGAGCUCGGUCUCCGGAGGGACUGAGGAGGAAGCGAGUUGGAGAAGGAGAGAGAUAGAUGAGGAAUGGAAAGGGAGGUCCAGGUAUUUGUUGGCAGUUUACCAGUCACAUUUAGAGCUCUGACAUCAGUCUUCUUUUAUUUCCUGUCUUGUCUAGCUGUUGGCCUCAUUUCCAGCAAAACCUAAAGAUUUAAAAAGCGUCUAGGGUUUGGAAUCAUCCCUCCCUCAUUUACAUUUUUGAUAGCUAAUACCUAUUACAAAAAAAUAAACUCUGCAAACCUUUUGUAUUCAAGAAAAGUGGAUUUUUCCUCACAUGUAAUUUGAUCCUCUAGUUUGUUCUUUGUAAAUACUAUGUGAGUCCUCAAUAUUCAGAUCAUCUCCUAACCUGAUGUCGAAACUCCCAUGUACACCAGGCUGCUUGUGCGAUCCAUUGUUGCUUCAUUAGAGCAUUGGAUGUGGUUGAGAAUCGUUUGGGAAUGAGAGCAGUUCAGUUGGAACGGCUUGGCAUAGGUGACAUUUCAGAAACAGAUGGUGCCGAAAACAUUUAGCAGUCACACUCCUCUGUAAUACUGCCAAACCAGCUCUGUGUCAAAUCCGUCUCCCUCUCUUUCCAAGUGCUUUGAGUUUUCAUCCUCCGCUCCCUUGAUUUCUCUCUUUCUGUCUUUCCCCACACCCUUUCUUGGCUUGGUCUCUUUUUCCCUUGUCCUUGGUGCUCAGGAGCAGAUGCAACGUAAUUCUGUUGUGUUUCCAGCAUGUGGUAUUUAAAGGAAAAGAGACAAAAACUGUUUCUGUGGAGUCAAAUAAAUAUAUAUCUAUAUCUCAAACCGUUACAACUAGCGAAACAUCUGUGGAUGAUCCCAGCCGCCAGAACUCCCAGAGGCCCACGGUCACCAUGCGUUCCAGCAAAUAUUCGUCAUGUGUUUUUGGGGUUCCACUGGGCUCUAUCCUGGACCCGCUGAGGAUCUUGGUUUCUGCUCCACAUUCAAGAACCUAAAACCCCAAACAGCAAAUAGUUAUAUUCAUAUACAGAUAUUUGAAAAGACAAAGGGACACAAGUGUCUGGAAGUCUGACAUUAUUGAUCGAGACCCACAUUAUGUCAACAAACCAUAUCAGUGGAAACAGCAGAGCAGGAGGCUUGUUUUGUUUUAUAUAUAUAUAUAUAUAUGUGUGUGCGUGCUUUUUUUAUUUUGUCACGUCAAAGGGAAAAGACAGUAAGGUUCCAGUUAAUUUACAUUCCACGUAGGGAACGUGAACUCUGCGUCUUUGACCACGUUCUCUCAAGAUGAAAGUAGGUAUGAACUUUGCACAUUUAAUGGAACAAACUCUCUUGAAAGAAAUACGAAAUGGCCUGUUACUUGGAAGAUGUGCAUCUGGAACUCUAAUAUUCAAUUUUCUCAACUCUAUUAAAAGACCUAAACUCUGCAUUGAAAAGAAAAUGUUUAAAACAGUUUGUGAAAUGUCUAAAUAUUUGAACCUCAUCCCAGUGCUAAAUGAGAUGUGUUUUUCCUAAUCAUCCCUAAGAAAAAGAAAGAAAGAAAGAAAGAAAGAAAGAAAGGGCAAUGAAAUGCAAAGAUCAGUGAAUUGGAUUCCAGAAAGCAGAUGCUCCUUUGAAUAUUAAACGGCAAAAUGUGAUUUGGUUUACAAGAGAAAGUUUCCCUUGCCAGGCGGGAUAGUAUCUCCUUGAAUCCAGGAGACUUUGAUCGUCUGACUCUCUGUUUGAAUCAUGUCGCUCACUUUACCCAGCGUGUGGAGGGCUGUUCAUACUCCAUUCUCACUCAACGAGGGCCAGACAUCAUCAUCAUCAUUUACUUUCACUCUUCCAUCUCUGUGUGUUUGUGUGAGCGUUUGUGUGCUUGUUUAUCUGUGUGAAUGUGUUUCCAUUCUAUCUGUUCCUGUUCAGGUUUGUCGGAUGCGUUUCUCCUCAGCUCUCUUGUUCUUUCUAAAUGUUAUUGUAGAGUGUUCCAGUGAGAUGAAUCUGCAUACGUGUAUAUUAUCAGAAGGGAAUACAAUUGGUUAUAUACUUCUUA